GUGUGAGAUUUGAAGCAGUCGAUUGGAAGCAAGCCACUUUAAAACAUCAAGCCAGUUAUAGAUCACAGAACACUGUGUUGGUACAGAUGAUGGAAUUGAAACUAUUCCAUUUUCUUGCGAUAUUUGCCAUGCCUUUGCAUGCAGAACAAAAUUUUAUUUUAAUCCGUGAUGGCGAAAACCUUGGCAAAUUCUGUGUAAAUCCUGUGGGCGAACCGGGCAAGUGCGUUCCCACCUUUGAGUGCGAGGUGCUACUGCCCGUCCUUGGACAAGCGAAAGUGUCCAUCAGGGAUAGGAUAUUCUGGGACAGAAGCUUUUGCGGUACAUACAAAAGAAGGUCUUUGGUAUGUUGUGCAGGUCCACCACCGGAUGAGCAUCUCAAUUUGCCAUUGCCUCCGUACUGUGGGGUGCAGCAUCAAUCGCGUCUUUAUGGAGGACAGCUAACGCAGCUCGAAGACUUCCCCUGGACUGCAUUGAUUGAGUACGCGAAACCGGACGGCAGUUACGGCUAUCACUGUGGCGGAACUCUUAUCAACCAAGAUCACAUCGUAACAGCUGCUCACUGCGUUAGCUCCCUGCCUGAUGGGUGGAAAGUCCACCGGGUACGGCUUGGCGAGUGGGAUCUUUCGACGGAGCUAGAUUGUGAUCACGAAGUCUGCAACGAACCCGUUGUCGAUAUGAAGAUCGCCAAGGUCAUCGUGCACGAUGGGUUUGAUGCGGGGAACGAGAGCCUCAGCAAUGAUAUCGCGUUGAUUCGCUUUGAGGCGGAGGUGAAUUUUACCGAAACAGUUCGGCCGAUAUGUCUGCCCCUGGCAGCAUCGAUUCGAGCAGAAAAUAUGACGGAACUGUUCGGUACCGUAGCUGGAUGGGGAGUAACACCAACAGUCAGCGGAGUUCCGAAGAAGCUGAAGGUGGACGUUGGCCUGAAAGGCGUCCAGGAGUGCUUUCCGAACCUGGAACGUGCAGCUCAGUUCUGUGCUGUGGGCAAACGCUCGGACAGGGAGAUAUGUAGUGCUGAUGCUGGAGGUGGUUUGACUCGGGCUUUCUACGGCUUUCACUAUCUUAUUGGAAUUACUGGAAUGGGACAGGUGAAGUGCGGUUCGGUGGAUGUGCCUGGAGUGUACACGCGAGUACCAGAUUAUAUUAGCUGGAUAAAAGACAAUAUUGCGUAGUUAUUAACUCUGUUAACAUCGAUAAAAAGGCGCAAAUAUUUUGGGACAUGAAUUGAAAUAUUUUCAAACAACUCGCAAACAGGCGGUUGUUUGAAUGUACUUUAUUUGAAAGACAAAAAAUGUGUCUUAGUGGUUCCCAAUGGUACCAGCAGUAGGUUUAAUAAUAAAUUCUGGUAAAACGGAUGAUUCCGGUUUUUUGUACGAGACCGAUCAUAUCAUAUGACACAUACCGUUGGUGUGGAAGUGUUCCCAGCUUGUAGCUUCGCAAAACACAAUGCCGGUGUGGAGACUUGUUUUGGCUGCUGGUUGACAAGUUCCUAUAGCCAGCUGAUUUGUGUUGUGAACGAAGUCGGUUGUCGCACUUUCGAGCGUAAGAUUAUUGAUGACAACAAAAAACCAGCAAAUCUGCUCAUAGCUCAAAACAUUUUGAUCGCCACUAGCACAACCCGGUAGUAUGGGAAAACCCGCUUUGGAUGCGGUGUAUCGCUGUCGCGCGCUGCAGCAAUGGUAUUGGUGCUGUCAAACGAGUUCGGAAAGUAAGAUUCUUGAGUUAUACCGUCAGACGUUCAAGCAGUUGAGGUUAAUCAGCAAAAAGAGCCAGUUGUGUUGCACCGGGCAUUUUGCGGAUUUCGAUCGUCUCACAGUAGUUAGUCGAAAUGAAGAUGGGAAUGAACAUUGAUCGGUGUUUGGUGUUGCUGGGAGCUUUAACUACGCUUAAUAUGGUUCGGACAUUAGAGCAAGGUGAAAGCUGUGUAAAUCCUGAAGGUAGGCCUGGUAGAUGCAUCUUGUUUCGAGAGUGUCAACCACUGUUGACUAUAUACAACAAGUAUUUCACAACUCCGGACGAAUCGAAAUUCCUUGCCGACAGCCGCUGUGGAGAGCUGGAACGCCGAACAUUGGUAUGUUGUGCAGCAGCCGCUGUUAGUGGGUUACAGACCAUCAAUGACGCACUACCAACAUCACCACAAUGUGGCAUCCAGCUGUCGGAUCGGAUCGUUGGUGGUCAGUCCACGGAAUUGGAAGAGUUCCCGUGGAUGGCACUCAUUCAGUACCGGAAACCCCAAGGGUUCUAUGGCUUUCAUUGUGGCGGUGCGCUAAUCAACGCUCGAUACAUUCUGACAGCAGCUCACUGCGUUCAUUCGCUUCCACGUGGUUGGGAACUCUACCAAAUUCGACUCGGUGAAUGGGAUCUUAGCUCGGCGAACGAUUGCUUGAAUGGAGUUUGCACAGCACAGCCGAUCGAUAUGGAAGCGGAACGGGUUACUGUCCACGACGGUUACAGUGCGCUAGAUGUCAGCCAUGCACACGAUAUUGCACUGAUACGUCUCACGCAUGAUGUGCCUACAUCGCGAACGGUACGGCCGAUCUGUCUACCGGUAGCGAAAUCGGAUCGAAGCCGGAGCUUUGUCGGCAUGCCCAGCUUUGCUGCCGGCUGGGGUAGAACGGAAACGAACGCGGCUAGUGAGAGGAAGCUCAAGGUGCAGCUGAGCGUGCGGGAUGUUGAUAAUUGUUCGCAUGUUUACCGAGGUAUAAAAGUUAUACUGCGAGCAACGGAACUGUGUGCUGGCGGUGAACGUGGGAAGGAUUCUUGCACCGGUGACUCGGGUGGACCGCUGAUGGCAAGAUUUGGCGGUGCCUGGUAUGUGAUUGGUGUCGUUAGCUUUGGUUUGAACAAGUGUGGCACAGCUGGUUUCCCGGGAGUGUACACCAACGUGUCGAUGUACAUGGAUUGGAUUGAGAGUAAUGUGUUGUAGACGUGCUAGUUGGAGAAUGUGAUUAGCGAUUAGAGAGUCUGGGGGAAUCCUGAAGAAUCAGAAAAUUCCGUGCAACCCAUUUGUUUGACUUUGUGGUAAAUUAUUGGACGUGCAUCUUAACGUUUGAUUUGCAAGCAACUGUUAUUAAUGCCAACAUUGUUAAUAUCAAGUAUUCCCGGUCAGUACUUCCUUUCAGGUCCUAAUUUAUUGGCAAUCGCCGUUAUAGAGGUUGAGGAUCAUAAAUUAACAUCGAUGCUCUAGGUUUGUAACAGCAGUGCAAUAGUACACUCAUAUUGAUUUGAAAGUUGCACAAACACAAUCCGAUGUUCCCACAUCUCGUGAAUAAAUAAAACAAAUGUCGUUAUCUAUAACAUCA